UCUUUUUUUUUUUCCGACCGAAAGCCGUAAGGCGAGCGUCGAAUGGGGCGCAUGCGCCACAGUAUUCUUUCACCCCCUAAACCGGGUUGGGUUAUAUACCGAGAUUGCAGUGCAUGUUGGGAAACCGGGGGUUUUGCUGCUUUUUCCUCUCUGGGGGGUCUGGGCUGAGGCUGCAUCUGCAGAGAUGGAUGUCUUUCUAAUGAUCCGACGUCACAAGACAACUAUCUUCACAGACGCCAAGGAGUCCAGUACAGUGUAUGAGCUGAAAAGAAUUGUGGAGGGGAUUCUUAAAAGGCCUCCAGAAGAACAGAGAUUAUACAAGGAUGAUCAACUGUUGGAUGAUAGCAAAACUCUUGGAGAUUGCGGCUUCACCAGUCAGACAGCACGACCCCAGGCCCCAGCAACAGUCGGCUUGGCCUUCAGAGCCAGUGAUGUCUUUGAGGGCCUUCGCAUCGAUCCCUUCUCCAGCCCCCCAGAGCUCCCAGACGUGAUGAAGCCCCAGGACUCUGGCAGCAGCACUAAUGAGCAAGCAGUGCAGUGAAAGAGCAAGGCUUGUGGAAUUUGCUGCAAACCUAUGGUACCCUUGAAUCUUCUUCCCCCAGCCUCAUCUGACAUGGAGAAAGAUAUGGCAUCAUCCCUUGUGUCUGAUCUUUUAGCCUUCCUCCUCUAAGCAAGACCACAUGUCGCUCUUUUAAGCCCAACCUCACUCAUCUGACAGAGCUGUUUUAACUUUGGUUUUAAAAAUAAUAAAAAGGUCAGCUGUUUUCCCCCCUUUUUGUCUUGCAUUGUAUGCCUGUGCAGUGAAAUGGAAAGGGAGCCUUAGGACAAAGGGGAUGUGAUAUCAUGACAAUUAUUCUAUAAACAUUUCUGCAA